AUGUGUAGUUCUCUAUCUGGUUGUAUAAAUCACUUCUUUGCUGAUGAUUUAGCCGGAAUUAUGGCCGGUCAAUUAGGAAUAAAUUCUUCUUCUCAAUGUCUUGAUUUGGAAAAAAGAAUCAAAGUUUUUCUUGAUAAUCUUGAUUACUAUUCUUGUUUAUCUGAUCAUCCCAUAAAUUUCAAUAAAACUGAAGCUAUGUUUAGUGCGCGUGCCAUUGGUCAUCCUAAAUUUGUCAUUAAUUUUCGUCAAGAUACAAUGGAUAUAAUUGAAUGGACCUCAGAAUAUAAGUACCUUGGUUAUAUAAUUUCACCAAAAUUAGGUUGGGGUAAAUUCUUAAAAUAUAUGAUGACUAAAAUUAGACAAAGAAUUUCGUUAAUUAAAUCCUUUAUAAUCUUUGGUUGUUCUUCUUCAUAUCUUCAUAAAACUCUCUUUCUGUCUCAUGUAUUACCUAUUUUUACCUGGAUUUAUCCGAUUUACCCUCUUCUUUCUGAAAAUCAGCAAAAUGAUUUGUCCCAUUUUUAUUAUACUUCACUUAGGCGCGUAUUGCAUUGUCUAAAUUGGAAUGAAAAUUUCUUUGCAUUUGCUCUGGAUGAGAAGUCCCUUGAAGACAGAUGUCAUUCAUAUUGGGGGAAAUACCUUGCAGCUCUAGCAGACUCGAUUGAUGGUGAAUUGUUGUUUGAAAAAGCUAAUUUGAAUGUAUUCAGACAGAUCUGGAUUGAUAAACAAUUUUCAAUUAAAUGUCUACGAACAUCUAAAAGAUUCAUUCCUCACCAUUUAAUUAUAGAAAAAAUUGUUGGGUGGAUGGCUCCUAUUCCUUAUCGUUCAUCCGUACCUGUUUAUGAGAUUGAUGAAAUCCAACUCCUCGAGGAUUUUCCAGAAUCUUUUGAUUCUAUAUGA